AUGCUACCAUGGAGAUACUUUAUCCCGCAGCCGCAUUCUGUGCAUAAUGAAGCGAUAGACAUCCAAACGGGAGACGGAGGAGUGCCUCCUACCCAGUUUACACCUGCGUUGGAUACGCAAUUAGCGAUUACCCCAGUUGGAACUCCCGCAGAACACCUAGACACAGCAAGCUCGCUCACCGUUUCUGUUUCUACGACGUUCUACCCAACAGCAGACAUUGACGUACAUUCGUCUGAUCUCAUCCUGAUAUCGACCAAUAACGUCUUCUUUCACGCUUACCGUUUGUUUAGGGCGUCACACAACGGCUUUGGUGGUUCGCUCCCACUCAGCACGAGUUCCGAGGAGAAUGAGGAAGGGUUUGUCCCGAUGACUACCCUCACCGAAUCUGCAGAUGUUUUAAACGUCAGGCCGCUAUUGCCAUCUCCCCUUACCUACUCUCGUUCUCUCUCCCGACCUCGACAGAUGAGCUUGCCGCACGGAUCGGUCCACUGUAUCCGAAACGUCUUUUCUUCCUCCAUUACGACCGUAUGA